UUAUUCUUUACCAAUUCUUCCGUCGUCUUUCUUCUUCUAACCAAGUAAAUAACCUGUCAUACUUCUUUUUAUUCUUCUCUUUAGCAUACCUUUCGAACGAGGGUUUUUCAAAGCUCACUCAUACCUCCACACUGAUCGGCUCGAGGUCGCGUGUUCGAAACCCCGAAAUCCCCGGGGUUUUUGCAGAGGAAAGCAAAAAUACGAAGAGACAUAUAGUCCGAUCUUUGGUGGUGGGAGUUUACGAGUUCGAAUCGUUGCAUUAGCUGAGAAGAUGGAUCUUCCGAGCCUGGCAGUUAUUCUUCAGGCAGCGCUCAGCCCCAAUCCACACGAGAGAAAGGCGGCGGAAGAGAGCCUCAAUCAGUAUCAGUACACACCUCAGCAUCUUGUCAGGCUUCUACAAAUUAUUGUUGACGUAAACUGUGAGCUGGCAGUACGACAGGUUGCAAGCAUCCACUUCAAGAACUUUAUAGGCAAAAACUGGGCACCUCAUGAACCUGGAGAACAGCAGAAGAUAUCACAAGCCGAUAAGGCAACAGUUAGAGAAAAUUUGCUUCAAUUCAUAGCCUGUGUUCCUCCUUUGCUGAGAGCACAGUUUGCAGAAUGCCUUAAAACUAUUAUAAAUGCAGAUUAUCCAGAGCAAUGGCCUAACCUUCUUCCUUGGGUCAAACACAAUUUGCAAGAUCAGCAAGUAUAUGCUGCUUUAUAUGUACUAAGAAUUCUUUCAAGGAAGUACGAGUUCAAGUCUGAGGAUGAGCGAACUCCCGUCUAUCUUAUCAUUGAUGAGGCAUUUCCUCCUCUACUUAAUAUUUUCAACCGCCUUGUUCAAGUUUCAAAUCCUACAUUGGAGAUAGCAGAGCUUAUCAAGCUUAUUUGUAAAAUAUUUUGGUCAUCUAUAUACUUAGAGGUGCCCAAGCAACUCUUUGAUCCCAACAUCUUUAAUGCUUGGAUGGUCCUGUUUUUAGCUAUGCUGGAAAGACCAGUUCCUUCAGAAGGGCAACCAACUGAUCCAGAACAGCGCAAAUCUUGGGAAUGGUGGAAAGUAAAGAAGUGGACAGUGCAUAUCAUGAAUCGACUAUACACACGAUUUGGAGAUCCGAAACUUCUUAAGCCAGAAAACAAGCCAUUUGCUCAAAUGUUUCAGAAACAUUUUGCAGGGAAAAUUUUAGAAUGCCAUCUAAACUUGUUGAAUGUUAUUCGUCAGGGGGGUUACCUUCCAGAUAGGGUGACCAAUCUUAUCCUCCAGUAUUUGAGCAGCAGCAUUUCCAAGUCCAAUACAUAUCAACUUUUAAAGCCACAACUUGAUAUAGUGCUUUUCGAAAUUAUCUUUCCUCUUAUGUGCUUCAAUGAUAAUGAUGAAACACUCUGGCGUGAAGACCCUCAUGAAUAUGUCAGGAAAGGUUAUGAUAUCAUUGAAGAUCUGUACAGUCCCCGUACUGCAUCCAUUGAUUUCAUUGCAGAGCUGGUGCGGAAACGUGGAAAGGAAAACCUCCAGAGAUUCCUUUCCUUUGUUGGAAAAAUAUUUGUCAGCUAUGAGGAGGCAGCUCCAGGCUACAAACCAUAUAGGCAGAAAGAUGGCGCUCUUUUAGCCAUUGGGGCCUUAUGUGAUAAGUUGAAGCAGACUGAGCCAUACAAAUCUCAGCUGGAACAAAUGCUAGUGCAGCACGUAUUUCCUGAGUUUAGAAGCCAAGUUGGUCACUUGAGAGCAAAGGCUGCGUGGGUAGCAGGCCAGUAUGCAAGUAUCACUUUUGCAGAGCAGAGGAAUUUCAGUGCAGCCUUACAUAGUGUUGUAGCUGGAUUGCGAGAUCCUGAGUUGCCAGUGCGUGUAGAUUCUGUAUUUGCUUUGAGAUCUUUUGUGGAGGCUUGCAAAGAUUUGAAUGAAAUUCGGCCAAUCCUACCGCAACUGCUCGAUGAGUUCUUCAAGCUUAUGAAUGAAGUUGAGAAUGAGGAUCUUGUGUUCACUCUUGAAACUAUUGUGGAUAAAUUUGGGGAAGAGAUGGCACCUUAUGCACUUGGAUUAUGCCAGAACCUGGCUGCUGCAUUCUGGAAGUGCAUGCAAUCUGCUGAAGCUGAUGAAGAGCUAGAUGAGUCAGGUGCAUUGGCUGCUAUUGGAUGCUUGCGUGCUAUAAGUACUAUUCUUGAAUCUGUUAGCAGGCUUCCUCACCUUUUCCCUCAGGUGGAACCAAUAUUGUUGCCUAUCAUGCGAAGAAUGCUUACUACUGAUGGUCAAGAGGUCUUUGAGGAGGUUUUGGAGAUUGUAUCUUACAUGACAUAUUUUUCCGAGACCAUCUCAUUGGAAAUGUGGAGUCUUUGGCCUCUAAUGAUAAAUGCAUUGGAUGAUUGGGCUAUUGAUUUCUUUGAAAAUAUUCUUGUUCCCUUGGAUAACUACAUAUCCAGGAGCACUGAAAUUUUUCUUACGUGCAAGGACCCAGAUUAUCAACAAAGUCUCUUUAAAAUGCUUUCAUCUGUAAUGUCGGAUAAAAAUAUAGAAGAUCAUGAUAUUGAGCCUGCCCCAAAACUUAUUGAGGCAGUGCUACAAAAUUGCAAAGGCCAAGUUGAUGAAUGGGUAGAGCCAUAUCUUAAAAUUACAAUUGAAAGGCUAUGGCGAACCGAAAAGAAGUAUUUGAAGGAUCUGCUAAUGGAAGUGAUUGCAAAUGCUCUAUACUACAACCCAGCUCUGACUCUGGACAUAUUGCAAAAAUUGGGAGUAACUACACAAGUUUUCAAUUUGUGGUUUCAAAUGCUCCAAGAGGCAAAAAAAAGUGGACAGAAGGCAAAUUUCAAAAGGGAACAUGAUAAGAAGGUUUGCAUCUUGGGUCUUACUUCACUCUUAUCGCUUCCUCCUGGAAUGAUACCUGAAGAAUCCUUAGGUCGAAUAUUCACAGCUAUUCUUGACCUGCUUGUUGCUUACAAGGAACAAGUUGCUGAAGCAGCAAAGAACAAUGAGGAUGAAGAUGAUGACAUGGAUGGCUGGAAGACAGAGGACGACGAAGAAGAGGAUGAUUCAGACAAGGAAAUGGGAGUUGAAACUGAAGACGGUGAUGAAGCUAACAGUCAAAGGCUUCAGAAAUUGGCAGCCCAGGCCAAAGCUUUCCAGUCGCACACAGAUGAUGAGGAUGAUGUCUCUGAUGAUGAUUUCAGUGAUGACGAAGAGUUUCAAUCUCCAAUUGACAAUGUGGAUGCUUUUGUGUUCUUUUCUGAUAUAAUGAAAGCUAUGAAAGUUUCAGAUUUAAGGAGGUUUCAGAAUCUGAAUCAAUCAUUAGACUUUCACUAUCAAGCAGUUGCAAAUGCAGUUGUCAAUCAUGCUGAAGAGAGGAGGGCAGAAAUUGAAAAGGAAAAAUCGGAGAAAGCUGCUAGUGGUGUAAUGGCAUAGUAACGGUUGUGUAAAAUUCCAAAUUUUUGUUUCACCUUGAUUUUUCUUGAGCCAUUUAUUAUUCAUCAAAUUUUAUUGGUGGGUUUUAGAAUAAAUGUUCCAAGGCAAUUGUGACGGAAGCAACAUCCACUGUACACGUCCAGAGUUUUCUAGUGUCUUUAGAUAUCCAAUAUCGGUCUUCGAUAUCCCACAUUGUCUGUUUGUCCUUGAUGCUACCUGUUUAUAAGAAGCGUUGCUAAUUGAACACAGGUGGUGUUUAGUUUUGUUUGAAGAUAGGUAACUCGAAGGCCCAACAUCUUGUGUAGCAAUAUAGUUUUGAUAUCCAUGUAUUGAAUUCAAAUUGGUUUUGGAAGAAUUCCUCUCAAACUGCUCAAUACAAAUGUAAUCUGGAUAUUAUUUCACUAUUUAAUUGGACUUGUCUGGCCAUCUUUAUAAGAUUCGCCAAGAAGAGCUGUAUUAAGAGGAAAAGUAAAUUCACAAAUAUGUCAUGGUUAUACAAGCACAGAGCACUAAGGAUUGGUAAUGCCAUUUACGCAAAAUUUCUGUACAAUGUGAUACAACUGGCAGUCUAUCAUUCCCAAGACUGCAUAUGCGAUUUGUGUACAAGUUUUUCCAUUUUUUAUUGAAUACAAAGAUAAUAUGCAGAUAAAAAAUUA